UUGGUCCGUGGGGAGAGGCAACUGUUAUGGAAGUGGUUGUCUCUUGAAUUUACUUUAUUGUAUUUUCACUCACCCUAAAUGGAAUAACGUCUUUGGGGAUCCACUGCUUGUUAAUUUAGUUCGGGAAAUAGAAACCGAGCGAAAGGCCUUUCAUGAUAUAGAAAGAACUCUCUGGAAAGAGCUCGCGCGUUAUUUAUUUUGUGGUGACCGCUUCGUGCUUGUGGACAGCGCGACAAAACAUACGCAUUUGUCUACUUGUGUUUGUUAAAAUUGGGUUUCUACCGGAAAGUUUGUGAUAGUCUCGGCAAAUUAAGUUUUAAGAAGUGCACACGGUGGUUGUGUUGUUUAAUUCGUCGUGGAGUUCAAAUAUAGCCGACGCUUGGUCAACACAAGCCGUAAUAUCUGCAUGUAAAUAUAUGGAUUGUAGUAUAUGGCCCUCGUCUGCUCUUGCAAAAUGCAAUGGGACUAAGUGAGGCAUUUCGACCGCCAGAAUAUAUGUGCUUCACUUUCAAGCCUGAUGAGCAGGUCUAGCAAAGACAGUCAAAAAUGUGAUCCGGUUAUUGAUACGCUACCAGAUUAGUUGUGCACCAGUAGCAAUGGAGCGGAGCAAACGCAACUCCAUUGCUGGGUUCCCCAUGCGGUCAGAUUGGCUGGAGGACCCGGAUUUUGGCGGAGGAGGAGCAGAAACCGGUCCGGCUCCGCUGGACAGAGUGUGUCCCUCAUCUUACCGAGCCCUCAUCAGUGCCUUUUCUUGCCUGACCCGACUUGAUGACUUCAUCUGCGAGUGGAUUGGCUCUGGGUUUUUUUCAGAGGUCUACAAGGUGCGUCACAAAGCUUCGGACCAGGUAAUGGCCCUAAAGAUGAACAAGCUGAGUAGUAAUCGUGCCAACAUGCUGCGAGAAGUUCAACUCAUGAACAGACUCUCUCACCCCAACAUACUCAGAUUUAUGGGGGUGUGUGUACAGGAAGGUCAGCUCCAUGCUCUCACAGAGUAUAUUAAUGGUGGCAACUUGGAACAACUGCUGGAAAGCGAUAAAUACCUGAGCUGGGCCACACGGGUCAAACUGGCCUCAGAUAUCGCCAUGGGACUCAGUUACCUACACUCCAAGGGCAUUUUUCACAGAGAUCUCACCUCCAAGAAUUGCCUAAUCAAGUUUGAUGAUAAUGGAUACUCCGCGAUCGUUGGAGACUUCGGCCUUGCUGAGAAAAUCCCCAGUCAUGAUUUUGAGGGGGAAAAGCUGUCCGUGGUGGGAUCCCCAUUCUGGAUGGCUCCAGAAGUGUUGAGAAACGAGCCGUAUAAUGAAAAGGCUGAUGUCUUUUCGUACGGCAUUAUUUUGUGUGAGAUAAUUGCAAGGAUACAGGCCGACCCUGACUACCUACCACGCACUGAAAACUUUGGCCUGGAUUACCAUGCCUUCCAGCACAUGGUUGGAGAUUGUCCCCCAGACUUCCUGCAGCUUGCCUUCAACUGUUGCAAUAUGGAUCCAAAGCUCAGGCCCUCGUUCCCAGAUACAGUAAAGAGACUGGAAGAAAUCCAGAAAAAGCUUAAAGAUGACGACUCUGAGAGGGAGAGGAUGCUACUAACCGCCGGAGAGGUGGAGAAAAAGCCCUUGUCCAAAGGUCCAGCUGAAAAGGAUAUAAAGAGGUUAAAUCCUCUUGAUUUUCAGGAUGACAAGAUUUCACCCAAGUCCCCCCCUCCACAUCGCAACAUCUGGCUUUCCCGAAGCCAGUCUGACAUUUUCUCUCGUAAGCCCCCCCGUAAAGUGAACGUCCAGGACCCCUACUACAACCCAGGACCUAGAGGAUUCAUACACGGUCAACCGAAGGUCAACCCUUUCAGUGCCAGAGAGGACUUAAAAGGUGGCAAGAUCAAGUUUUACGACAUGCCCAGCAAGUCGGUCUUCUCGCUCAUGUUUGAUUUGCACUCGCCUCACGGCAGUCAAAGCUCACACCAGCCUCACCUCAACACCAGCACAGGAGCCUCCGGCAACAACUGCUUCCCAUCCUGGCCAGAGACCUGGCAGCUGCCCGGUCGGCAGUGCUAUUCGCUUCCCGUCUCACCUCUGCUGCCCCACUCGGAUGUCUUAUUCCCAUCGCACCUCACGUCCAAGAACGAGGCCGGACAGCCCGGUGCUGAAAGCAAGCAAAAAGCAUUGAGCAGCUGGGCUAAGAAGUACGGUGUUACUGAGAUCCCUCCAUACAAGCUGCCAGCGGAAAGACAGGAGGAAGUGGGAGCGGCUGAGGAUUGGUCAUCUCUGGUACCCUCUGAGGGAGGAGAAGCGGAGGCCAUGGACAGAGGAAGCCCUCCAGACGAUAAAGACACAAUCCUCAGCCAGAUACAGAACGGAAACCUCGGCGGCUUAUGCAAGGACAUGAAGGCUGAAGACCAGGAUGGUUUGAUUAUCUCCAACAAGAACUCACUCACGCUGAGCAUGUCUGUGGAGCCACAGGAACUCUGUCCGAUUGUCCUCACAGCCUGCAAAGCUCAAUCUUCAGGAGAACGCAUCUCCAGAUGUGAUAUCUAGAUGGUUGAGAACACUUACUCAAGUUUGAAUUGAUCAAAUGCCACGCAAAAGACUAUAUUCAUUAAAUAUUUAAUAUGAUUAUAAGUUGUAUUUUUUUCUUUGAGGGAAAGUAAACCCUUGUAACUUAAGCUAAAAGGGUGGCUUGGAUUGAACAAAAGAAAACGGUGUGCAACACUGAUCCGGUCCAUCACACUAUGAAGAACUCCAGAAGUGGGAGAUACAGUGGACGUCACCUCACACAGGGCUCAUGAUGAGACGCAUUCUGUGAUGGUUUUUUUCUUUAUAAUACAUGCACAUACCACAAAUGCUGUUUUUGUUGUUGUUUUUUUUGUCCACAAACAGUAUCUAGUGCUUAUUUAGGUGAGCAGCUUUGGCCAUUUCUACAUGAUUUUAUUUAUUUUUAUUUUUCAGAAGUUAACGAAGAACAAAUCUAUUUGGAGGAAGGUGAUCGAGUGUUUAUUUUAUUUUAUUUUUUUGCACUGCAUGGGCCUAAAAAAAAUCAUUCCAUGCCAUCUCGCAUCUUAAGAAGGUCCUGUUUUGAUCCUAUGCUAACGGUGUGUGCCAUGGUAAUUUCAAAACAAGAUCAUAUUCACUCUGACCUCUCAGGUCUUCAAAAAAAAAAAAAACCCAUGUCUGUAUCUACUUAAUCUAUAAUUGCACUUGAAAUAAGUUGAAUGCUUUGAACUUUUUUUUUUAUAUAUAUAUUUGUCACUACAUUUCUAUGCAAUAAAUUUAACCAAGGCAUGAUCAUUUUACAGAGAUUUAUUUUGAUAUUUAUAAGAGAAAAAGUAAUUUUACUAUGUCUUCAUGUCUGUGAACUGUUUAAACUGUGUUGUUGUUUAUACAAUCUGAUGAAUAGAGAUUUCUGUACAUGUUGAAAAUGGUUAUUUCUUGCUAGUUUAUUCUCUCUAUUUUUCUGCUUAUUCAGUCCUGACCGUUUUCUCAACACUUUUAGAUUGUAGAUUUGUAACCGAAUCAGAGAUGUAUAUUUCUACAAGAGACAGAUCAGGACUUCAGAUCACCUCCCCCAUUUAUAUGAGUUUAAUUCUUUAAAUGCAUAUGUAUUCCCAUUUGUUUAAAAUAAAUUCAGAAUGCCUUUGUUGA